CGCACGGUGCUCGUUCGAGAAGAUGCGUGGCUGCGGUUCUUGGGGCCGGGUCUGGUGUGGUUGGAGGCCGGGGCUGGGGGCUCCAGCAGCAGCGCCCAAGGACACAGGCUUUGGCACCGAGGCCCGGCACCAGCCGCGACCUAGAGGACCCCGCAGAUGCUCGGGGCCCCUCGGGGACCAGCCCUUCCCGGGGCUACCGCCCAAGGACCUCAGUCCGGAGACGUUGCUUGGUGUGCUGAGGACAGCCGUGGUGGACCGGAAAGGACCUCUUGUGACACUGAACAAGCCACAGGGUCUGCCAGUGACAGGAAAACCUGGAGAGCUGACAUUGUUCUCGGUGCUGCCAGAGCUGAGCCAGUCCCUGGGGCUUGGGGAGCAGGAGCUCCAAGUUGUCCAAGCACCUGGGAGGGAGACCUCCGGGCUUGUACUCCUAUCCAGUUGUCCACAAACAGCAAGUCGCCUCCAGAAGUUCUUCAUCCACUCACGGAGAGCCCAGAGGCCCACAGCCACCUACUGUGCUGUCACUGAUGGAAUUCCAGCUACCUCUGAGGGGAAGAUCCAGACAGCUCUGAAACUGGAACACAUUGAUGGGACUAAUCUUGUAGUUCCAGUGAAGACCCCGUCCCGAAAGGGCAUCCUGGAAGGUGUCAAGAAGACCCUCAGCCACUUCCGUGUGGUGGCCACAGGCUCUGGCUGUGCCCUGGUCCAGCUACAGCCACUGACAGUGUUCCCCAGCCAACUCCAGGUACACAUGAUGCUCCAGCUCUGUCCUGUGCUUGGGGACCACACAUACUCUGCUGGCAUAGGCACCAUCCUGGGCCAGCGCUUUCUGCUGCCAACUGAGAAUACCAAGCCCCAGAGACAGGUCCUGGAUGAAGCCCUUCUCAGACGCCUCCACCUGACCCCCGCCCAGGCUGCCCAGCUGCCCCUGCACCUCCACCUGCAUCGUCUCCUCCUACCAGGCACCAGGCCCAGGGACGCCCCCAUUGAGCUCCUAGCACCUCUGCCUCCUUAUUUCUCCAGGACCCUACAGUGCCUGAGGCUCCGCCAACAAGAAUCCUCCCUCUGUUCCUGACCCCCAUUGGAAAACCGGGAGGUGGUGCUGGGCCAGGCCCUGGGGAAUGAUGGCAGUGCUCAGCAUGCAGUCUGGCCAUGGUUAGGUCCUGUGCUGUGCAGUCAGACCUCAUCAAGUCAUGGCUAGGCCACUUGCUUGCUGUGUGGCACUGGGCAAGUGACUUUAUCUCUGGACUUAAGAGAAUAAAAGUUCCUACCUCACGGUAUGGUUUUGAGGAUUUGCUAAAACAGUAAAUGUUUAUCAUGGACUGUG